AUGUCCACCCGACCCUUCAUAACCUGCCACGUCCUCGACACAACAACCGGAAAACCAGCCCCCAACAUCCCCGUCAAACUCCGCCUCCUCUCUCCCAUCCCCACAACAACAACCCACUGGACCGCAACAACCAACACCGACGGUCGCGUCCCAGCCUGGACAUCUUCUUCCACCGGCGUAGAAAUCAACGAAGUAGUCCAAAGCAUCAAAUCGCAACUCCUCCUCACAGACGAAGAUCAAAUGAUCUGGAGUUUAACCUUCCAAACAGAAACAUAUUUUGGAAAAGGCAAGACUUUUUGGCCGGAAGUGGAAUUAAGAUUUGUGGCUAAGAGGGAGGAGGAGCAUUACCAUGUUCCGUUGCUUUUGGGGCCUUGGAGCUUUACUACUUAUCGGGGAUCUUGA